UACAAAUACUGACCAAUGGGAGGAGAGACGGUCCGCUAUAAAUCACCAUCUCAAGUCAGGAGUCUGAGCGGAGAGCUGCUGGGACGCUGCUGGUGGUGUGUGAGCUCCUCGGCCGGAAACAUAGGGAUCUUUGUAUCGACCACUGGUAGUAGUAGUAGUCCACAAAUCCGACGACAACAGGGAUCAGCCAUGCCUUUCGGUAACACGCACAACCAGAUGAAGAUGAAAUUCACCUCGGACCAGGAGUACCCGGACCUCAGCAAACACAACAAUCAUAUGGCCAAGAUCCUGACUCCUGCUAUGUACGAGCGGCUGAGGAGCAAACAGACACCCAGUGGAUUUACUCUGGAUGAUGUCAUUCAGACUGGGGUUGAUAACCCAGGCCAUCCCUUCAUCAUGACUGUAGGCUGUGUUGCUGGAGACGAGGAGACAUACGAGGUCUUCAAAGAGCUGCUGGACCCCGUGAUCGAGGACAGACAUGGAGGAUACAAACCCACAGACAAGCACAAGACUGACCUGAACUCAGGCAACCUGAAGGGUGGUGACGAUCUGGACCCCAACUACGUCCUGAGCUCCCGUGUCCGAACAGGCCGCAGCAUCUGUGGCUUCUGCCUGCCUCCGCACUGCAGCAGAGGAGAGAGACGCGCUGUGGAGAAGCUGUCCAUCGAAGCUCUGGCCUCCCUGACCGGCGACCUGAAGGGGAAAUACUACGCCCUGAAGAACAUGACUGAUGCUGAGCAGCAGCAGCUCAUUGACGACCACUUCCUGUUUGACAAGCCAGUGUCCCCUCUGCUGCUGGCCUCAGGGAUGGCCCGCGACUGGCCCGACGCCAGAGGCAUCUGGCACAACGACAACAAGACAUUCCUGGUCUGGGUGAAUGAGGAGGACCACCUGCGUGUGAUUUCCAUGCAGAAAGGCGGCAACAUGAAGGAAGUGUUUGAACGCUUCUGUACUGGACUCACCAAGAUCGAGAACCUGUUCAAGGAGAGAGGCCAUGCAUUCAUGUGGAACGAGCACCUGGGCUACAUCCUCACCUGUCCAUCUAACCUGGGCACCGGCCUGCGUGCAGGUGUGCACGUAAAGCUGCCCAACAUGAGCAAACACGCCAAGUUUGAGGAAGUUCUCAAGAGGCUGAGGCUUCAGAAACGUGGAACAGGUGGCGUGGACACAGCUGCUGUGGGCGGAGUCUUUGACAUUUCCAAUGCUGACAGACUGGGCUUCUCUGAGGUGGAGCUGGUGCAGAUGGUGGUGGAUGGAAUCAAGCUGCUGGUGGAGAUGGAGAAGAAGCUGGAGAAGGGCCAGUCCAUCGACGACCUCAUGCCUGCCCAGAAGUAAAACCAUCCUGAUGCAACCCACCUCCCCACCUCCUCCUCCCCCCAACCCCCCUUCUACCCCCAACCCCCCUUCUACCCCCUCCCUCUGAAUGACUGUUUGACUCCUGGAAUGCACUCUGUAUUACAGUUUGGAUUUGUUUGUAUUUAAGACAAAACUGCUCCUGUGUGGUGAGGAUGGAAAGGAAAUAAAAUGUUCUGGUUUAAGUUCUCGAAUCCACGCAGAGUUUGAUUUUAUUUAC